UGAGUUUUUGAGUAGUUGAAUAGCUACAUAAACAAUGGGAGGCAAGACAACAAAGUUGUUUAGAAGCUCACCUCAACCAAAUUCCAAAACACAAACUGAAAAUGAUUCCCCGUAUCACGAGCAUCAUAAAAACUAUGACAACCAUGACAUCCAACAACCAGACGAAGCAAACAUGAAAAAUCCUAUAAGUCCAUUUGUAUAUUACAGGAGGGGAUCAAUGUAUAUAGAUGAGGAUGGCGAUAUUGCACAUGAAUUUUAUGUAGAAACAAAAAUAGGAUCAAAAUUAACUCUAAAGCGAAUCAGUAACCAACAUUUAAAGCCUCAAGGUGAUGUACCUUUAGAUGUGCCGUGCCUAAGAAAUGAUUAUCCAGUUGUCUUAUUAGACCAGAACAGAAUAAAGGAAUGAUUGGUUUCACAAAAAAAAAAAAAUUAUCGAGCAUAAAAACAUCAUUGUUCCUAUGAUAUUGUUCUUUCUCCGGUCUAUUAAAAAUUAAGGUUUUAUUAAUAUAUUGCUACAAAUAUUACAAUUCACAUCAAGUUGUAUCUAUAAAAAGUACAGAAUAUGAAUGACUUAUUCUAGUCUACUGGUUGCAAUUAAUAUCUACUUAUUAUUGGCAACAUCAGCAUUUAUAUAUAAACUACAGUAUCUAAAUUAACUGAAUAAAUGUAUGAAAUUAUUACUCCCAUUUUUGUGUUAUAUAUAUAAUUGAUUGUAUUAGGUUAUUGAAAUUAAUUUAGUUGAAAAUUGUAUAUCAAUUGGUUUUUACUUAUUCAAUUAAAUAUAUAACAAACAAGUGGUAUGUCAUUUUUUGUAAAUAACUUAUGACUGAUAAAAUACCCAAUAAUAUUUCACCUAAGUUUGUUCAUUAUUAAACGCAUUGAUACCCCAAAACAAAAUUUAGUUAUACAACUUAAUUAAUCAAUGACUUAAAGGAUUCUUUCAAUAAUUCUUUUAACAUUAAUCAAUUAUUUAAAAACUUUUGUUUCAUUCUUUCAAAUAAAAUUCUAAUUUUAAUCUAUAUUUUUUUUUUGGCAUGUUAAAAAUGUUGGCUGUCAUCAUUGAUUUAAACCAUGAUUUAUGUUUUUAAUAUUAUUGAUUCAUAUUAUAAUUAUCUAUGUUUGCCAUUUAAUUUUGAUUGGCUUAACUCUUUCACUGCUACGGGCAUAAUAAUGUGCUAUUAAAUCGCACGUAAACAUACUGUUCCGAUAUAUUAUACAUCCUCUACAGACUCUAUUACAUUCUUUUGUCCACUUAAAUAAGCUAUGUAUGUUAACUUUUUGGUUAUACCGAAAAAUACAGAAAAACAUAACAAAUCUUAUGAUAAGGAAUAUGUUUCUAUGUGAUUAUUGGUAGCAAUGAUAAGCAUAAUAAAUUAUGUAUUAUUAUUUAUUGUGGUUAUCAGUGUGCUGAAACUGAGUAAUGUUUAAAUUAACUUAGUGCACAAAGCUAUCUUAGAAAAAAAAAACUGAACAGUGAAAGGGUUAAAUAAACAAUUACUUGCGAAGUUAAUAUAUUUAUAUUAUUAGAUGAAUGUAAUAUUAUAAUUUUAGUCAUUUUCCUUAUAUUUAACUAUUAAUGUAUAGUCCAUUGUUGUGUUUGUUUGUCUUAGGUAUAUAAGUAAAUAAAGUCAUAUUGUUUUGUGUUUGUUUUCAAAUAUUUAUAUUAUAUUACAUUAAUAGCUUUUUCUUAUUUUUAAAUGAUAUAGCUUAAUACUUAAUUACAUUAAUUUAUCAUUGAAUUUUUUAUAUUAAAAAGAAGUUAUUGGACAUGUGUUAUGUAAGUGCUGUAUUUGUUUGAUUUUAACAGUUAAAAAUAUUGUUUUCAGUAUCACUGUCUUCUAUAUAUAUAUUUAUACAUGUAAUAAAGUUUAAGUUGAGAAUAAAAAUCUCAUUUUAUUACAUCAAAUAUUAAAGUAUGGAUUUUAACAUUUGAUAUGUAUUUUAUUAUUUACAUACAUAUUUAUAUAUUUUAUUGACAGUAUUCUUAUUGAUUAUACAUAACUGUAUUCAUAAUAAAAUAAUAAAAUUUGAUAA